CAUUCGUGCUCUGUGUUUUUCCCACGCUUCAAUCCCCUAUCCGAGGAUUGAGAGAGAGAGAGAGAGAGAGAGAGAGAGAGAGAGAGACUUCGAUUCGCCAAGAGGACAAAGAGAGACGCGCUGCAGUCUCUGGGAGCUGGGAUCGGGAGGCGAGGGGGAGCGAAGAUGAUGAUGACGAGGGCCUCGAUGGGCGCCAUGGAAGGCCCGGUGCUCGAUGACGUGAUAAGGAGGCUGCUCGGUGGCGGUGGCCGGCAGGUCAAGCUCUUCGAGGCGGAGAUCCGGCAGCUCUGCGUCGAGGCGAAGAAGGUGUUCCUCUCGCAGCCCAACCUCCUCGAGCUGCACGCCCCCAUCAAAAUCUGCGGUGAUAUACAUGGGCAAUACAUUGACCUUUUGAGGUUCUUUGAGAUCGGCGGUUUCCCUCCUCAUUCGUCUUAUUUGUUUCUUGGAGAUUAUGUGGAUAGAGGCAAAUAUAGUUUGGAGACCAUAUGCUUGCUUUUGGCUUAUAAAAUAAAGUACCCGGACAAAGUCUUUCUUCUAAGAGGCAACCAUGAAGAUGCUAAAAUCAAUAGAGUCUAUGGAUUUUAUGAUGAGUGUAAAAGGAGAUUCAAUAUUCGACUAUGGAAGACAUUUUGUGAUUGUUUUAAUUGCUUGCCCUUGGCUGCACUGAUAGAUGAAAAGAUUUUGUGCAUGCAUGGCGGUCUUUCACCAGAAUUGGAGAACAUUGACCAAAUUCGAGAUAUCUCAAGGCCCACUGAGAUUCCAGACUAUGGUCUUCUUUGUGAUUUGCUUUGGUCCGAUCCUGAUUCUGAUGUACAAGGCUGGGGUGAGAGUGAUCGAGGAGUUUCAGUCACUUUUGGUGCAGAUAAGCUUGUCGAGUUUUUGGAGAAGAAUGAUCUGGAUCUUAUUUGCCGAGCUCAUCAAGUGGUGGAGGAUGGAUAUGAGUUCUUCGCUCACCGAAGAUUAGUCACAAUUUUUUCAGCUCCAAACUAUUGUGGGGAAUUUGAUAAUGUGGGUGCUUUGUUGAGCAUAGAUGAAAACUUACUAUGUUCAUUCGAGAUAUUGAAAGUAGCCACACCCGGAAGCUUUGACGCAUUGGCAAAGAUACCCAAUAAGCCAUCAAAAGGAGGAAAAGUUUGAUGCGUCUAUUGACGAUGUUAGAGGAUGAGUCGGCCUGGCGGGCGGGAUCUUGUGGGUUUGAGCUGACCGGAGCUUUACAUUGUUUGGUGCUGAUUCUGGUUGGCCCUGAAACACAUUCCACUGAGUCUUGAAUCAUUAGGAGAGUGAAGCCUAUGUCUCGUUCUUGCGCCAGUAGCCGACGCUUUCUAGUUGUACAGCAAACUAAUACAUGUUUUCUUCUUUUUUUGCCACUACUCCUCCUGUACACGACUGCUUUCAAGGGUCAUGCUGAUUCAGGAUGAUCCGAGUCUCUUAAGCUGUUGAGAUGAAUGGUGACCAAGCAACAGCCGAUGCUUUUGACAUGACCUGAAGUAAUCAGUCAAUUGGGACCUGACAACUACAUUUUUUGCGGUCA